UCUCGAAGUCAGUAUCAAUUUUUAUCAAGCUUCAUUACACUCUCUACGCAUAAGAGCUGAUGUACGAGUUGACAGGUCUUGUCAAAAAAAGUUGGGAAAAGUUGUGGCCGAAGGGAAUUUUAAAUGUGUAGUCACGUCCGCACUGCACGUCAGGCAUUCCUUCCGAAAUUUGCAUGUGGGUUUUCAAAUGUUAAUUAUGAAGGUAAAUCUAAUCGAACAUUUCAAUUAACCAUGCGUCCUAUAUUUGUUAUUGCCAACAUUCAGUUCUGGAACAGAUAACAUUCACUAAUUUAAAAACAUACUGAUUGCUGUGUAGUACUCUGUUGUACAGAAAAAUACAGGUAACCUAUGAUCCAUAGUUAUAAGGAUUCUUUCAAGAGUAAUCGCAUUUUUUUAAAUGAAAAGUUAGCCGCAAAUUGUGUAAUUUAAAAGAUGUCACUGUUUAAAGUUCGUGACUUAUGGGUCACAAAUUGCGGAUCUGAUGAAUCAUACGAUCAUAAAUGUAUCAGUGUAGCCAAACUCAGUGGAAGUAGUGAGAAAAUUAUAGUAGGCAGUCAUAAUGGGUUUUUAAGAAUAUACGAACCUUCUUAUAAAAAAAAUGAGGAUGGAAGAGCUAUUGGGUAUCGCCCCAAUGAUCUCUUAUUGGAAGUGCACCUUCAGCAGCCAAUUCUUCAAGUGUGUUGUGGAAAACUAGUUUCUGGUUCUCAAAGCAUUCAGUUGUGUUUGUUGCAUCCUCGAAGUGUGGCAGUGUACAAUUUUGUAACUAAAUCUGGAGCAACUGAGCAUGGAAAUCAAAAUCAAAUAUUACUGGCUUAUGAACAUCAGCUGAGGCGUUCAGCAUUUUCAGUUGUUGUGGGUCCUUUUGGAGGAGUGUCCCAUAGAGACUUCAUCUGCGUUCAGACAUUAGAUGGUGCUCUGUGCUUCUUUGAACAAGAGACAUUCACGUUCAUCCGAUUUCUACCAUCGUUCCUGUUACCUGGGCCUCUAGUUUUCCUGCCACAUACUGAUUCCUUUGUGACUGUAUCAUCCAGCUGGCAUGUCGAAUGUUACAGGUAUCAAGUUCUUGCAGAAUCUGGAUCAUCAGAUCAAGAAGCAUCAUCUGGCAGAAAGUUGACUGCUGACUGGAUUUAUGUUCUGGGUGAAAGUGUUCUUGACAUAAAGGGUAUUGUCUGGCCUUCACAUUCAGAUGUUGUUAUUCUUGGAGAAAAAAAUUUAUUUUGCCUUAGAGAUAAUGGAACUCUCAAAUUCAUGAAAAGACUGGAAUAUAAACCACAUUGUCUUCAUUGCUACAUAGUUGAACCUGAUGGUAAGUUAAUGAUACUAGUGGUAACUGACACUGAUAUGUUGAUGGUAUAUGAACAAACUACAUUGAAAUGGUCUGCCAAACUUCUCAUCUCUCCAGUUGUUGUAACAAGAGUCAGUAUUGAGAACCUUCAUGGAGUGUUGGUGGUGAUGUCUGACUCAGGAGAACUUCAGUGUUGUUAUUUGGGGACUGAACCAUCUCUUUUCAUGCCACCUCCUCUAGAAGUCACAGCUCUGGAUUAUGAAGAAUCUAGGAAAGAAUUGCUGCAGCUUCAGAAGAUAAUCAAAGCAUACAGCAAAGAAAAUUCUAUGAGUUUGGCCAAUAGUGCGGCAGAGAAAGAACUUGGACUCUCUGUGAAUAUCAGUAAUCAAAUUGAACCUUGUGCCUAUUCCACUCAGUUGCUAGACCCUCUGUCUGAUGUGGACAAAGAUGCUAUUCCAAUGUGCCGAGUAGCACUAGAGCUGGUUCCUCAUGCACCUCUAAGUAAAGUGCAGGUCUCAUUUGUUGUCCCUCCUCCUUUGGGAGUAUCACAGGUUUCACAUUCCAUUAGCAGUCUAUGUGAAGUUACUCAAAUCAUUGUUUUUAUAUAUUUAAACGAGCCAGGUGAUGUUGCGAAUUUGAAAUUCCGUAUUGUUACUUCAUAUGUUACAAGUACUCGUGGAGUACCUAGAGUAUUACAGAAUGUUGCACAAGUACCUCUCAAACUUAUUGUUACAACUUGCCCUGCUUCUAAGGAAGGGGAACAUAAAAUAACAAUAAACACCUCACAGCCUUCUGUGAGUUUGGCCCAGUUAUUCCCUGAGUUCAUAGGUGAAGGAACGAUGUCUGGUGCCAGCAACUCCAUUGGUUUUCUACGAUGUGGUGGGGAGAGUUGUAUUGUGUCAGUUUUUGCAGCAAAAACAUCUCAACGCUAUAGACUUCAGAGUGACUCGUUUCCAGCAAUGUGUCUCCUAACUUCUCAGUUGAUUGAAAGGCUACAAAAGCAUUUUGCAAAGAGCAAAGACUUCACCUGUUCAUUCUCUUCAGCUAUUCCCUUUCAAGAAUUGUUCGUUGCUAUCGAUUGUCAUUUUCAAUGUAGAAGAGAUUCAUUUAUUAUGCAGGAUCAGUUAAAUCAGCGAGCUACACAAUAUAGAGUUAUACAACGACGACUUCUGGUAAAAUUCAAAGAUAAAACUCCCGCUCCUAUAACCAAUUUGGAUGUCCUGUUAAAGAAUACUUAUCAAAUGAUUCGAGCAUCAUCAGAAGCUUUUGAAGAGAAUCAACAAGAUUUGGCAAGAACUCGUUGUCAGCUAUCUUGUGCUCUGGAGUUAUUGCUGCUUUUGAUGAGAUUGUCCCCAGCAGCAUCCCACCCACAUUUUGAUGAUUUACUGGCAGCUUUGAGUUGUCCAGUUAAUGAUUCGGAGGAGCAGGUUGGAACCACUUUUGCAGGUUCAUCUAGAAUUAUAAUAUUAUAUAACCUUUACAAAAAAUAUGAAAAAGUAUCUGCUGUUGAAACACAACUAGUUUUAAUUUCUUUGUAAAAUAAGAGGUGAACUUAAGAUAUGAAGGAGCAUUGAAUACUUAACCUGCCAGUUUAAAUUUCUAAAUAAUGUAAUAAAAAUCAGAGAAAAAAUGUUGGAUUACCAAAAAAAAGUAAUAAUAGGAACUAAAUUUUGCCAUUCUUUGCAGGGUUGGGAAGAAGUGACAAAUGUUGCCAUUUCUUACUUGUUAAGGACAUGUUUAGCAAAAAAUGUGAAAGAACAACAAAGGUCAACACCAUUAUCUCUUGGUUUGAUGAAAGAUACCACAAGAUUUAAAAAACACAUUGCUGCUGCUAUUGAUAGAGUAACUAGAGGGACCCAUUCUGUGGAUAAAGUGCGAACUAAUCAUUCAGAAAGUUCUAACAAACAACAGUUAGUAAAUAUAAAUAUAAGCGCCAUUAGUAGUAUGGCCAUAACCACAAUUCCUGAAGGAGUAGAAGCUGCACCAGAAGAUGACACUAUUGUUCCAGCAGGGUCACAAUUUGCCGAAAAUAGAAAGUCUGUCUCUAUGAGGGGACGGUCUGCUAAUUUACUGAAGGCCCGCAAGGUUAAGGCAGAACUUAAUGAAGGUACAAAGAAUGAUGAAAGUGUUGAACAAACAGGUGAGAGUGAAUCAGUGAUGGAGCAAACUUUGUCUACCUUAGAGAGAGACAAGCGAUUCAAAGAAAUGGCUGCAACUAUAGAGAGUCCUGCAGAAAUAUUUCCAGAGGCUGAUGAUGAUGAGUGGUGAAAGAGAGACCGAGAGUGAAAUAUCAUCUUCAACAUGUUUUAAAAAGGGAAAGACUUUAAGCUAUAUUGUGAGGAAGAAAAGUGAAACCAGAAUAAAACGUUCAAGAAAUUGAAGGCAUAUACAUUCUCAAAUAUGUAUGUUUUAUAAUGUUCUAGUCAUAUCAGCUAGUCUGCACUAGUCUGUAUUGAAAGGAGAGAGUUCCAUUCAGAAGUGUUAGCCUGGUCACUCUUUGUGCCUUGAUAUAUACAUCUUAACAUUGUUAUUGGAAAUCCUUCAAAGUCUACUUCUUCCAGUAUGUGUUUAAACUUCACUGGGGAGAACAAAACACAUGAUAGUUCUCCUCAGUGAAGGUUUAACAUAUACUAGAAGACUUUGAAGGAUUUCCAAUAACAAUGUUAACAUAGGUUUAUUGUAAAUGCUCGAUUUACAUGGAAUGGGACCAAUAGUUUUUCCUUUCAAAGGAAACUGUUUUAGAGGUUUUCAUCAGUUGUCUAAAAUAAAUCCUUUACCCACCAUGGAAGAUGCCAGAAGAUGCCUUCUCUGUUGUACAACUUUGAUAAACAAAAAGAAACAUAUUUUCAUGACAGCAUGGGAAUAGUGUUCAACAGAAGAAAUAAUUUGGUGUUAGCAAAACAUUGUACAAAAAACUGGUAUGGAGUUUUUAAUUGCUUGUGUACUUCUGAUGUAGUAUAGAGAAAGCAUUGUAAUGCUGCAGCAAAAACCUGUAGUUAUUUACAGAGAAAUUCAUUUAGUGGAUUCCUGAUACCAAGAAAGUGGAUCAGUCUUAUUCCUAUACAUAGUAUUUACGUAUUAUUUUCCACUAACACAUUGUGAAGUAGAAUCCACAUUUUGUGGGUCCUUGAUACCAAAAAAUUGGUUCAAGGCAAAAUGUCUGUUCAUCCAUAUGUGAACAAUGCUAGCACCUUAACCGUCCAUCCAUAAACCUAAGUUUAUAUUCUUUUAUCAAUUUGGCUGAUGUUGCGGCCCCUUGAAUUUGAAACAUAUUUUGUUCUUUGGGGAGAUUUUGUCUUUAAAUUUGUUUUUCAAAUAAAACAAAGUAUGCUAAUAAAAAUGGCUCAAAUAAUGGCAUAAAAUUUAUUUUCAUUGAACUCUGCAUUUUUGGAAUCUGAGAAAGUUUCAAAUAAUGCCAGAAUGCAUGUGUUGUUGAAGCACCACUAGUUCUUAAUAUUUUUCUGAAUAAGAACAUAGAGGUUAUCACCUCUCUGUUCAUGCAACAUAUUAAUUUGUUGAUUCAAAAUAUGUACAUGUCAUUUUUAAGAUUCUUCUAUUGUCUAGGCCAGGGGCUCCUGAAGGGGUCGGUAUAAACUGACCUGGAUGUCGAUAAAAAUUUUGAAGGGGGUCAAUUAGAGUCAAUAGCCGAAUAUGAACCAGUGCCUGAUCAGUAUAAUCAAGGUCCCAUUGAUACCAAAAAAUUAAUGAAAUUAAUUGCAUUCUGAUAGUAAUGUUAUUUAUUAUUAUUUCUGAAGCAAAAAGAUCUAUAAUAAUAAAUUAUAAAUGAUCUCCUCAUCUUUCUCAUUUAUCUAUAGAAGUUAGCGUAUUCAGAAAACACAAAAAAUGAUAUCUAUGCGUUCACAGUGAUAUUCUAUCACACAAGAAAAUACUCUUCACAAUAUGCACUGGAGAAAUGUUAAGGCCAGUUGUUAAAACACAUUUUAUAAUCAUUACAUUAGAAAUAAGAUUAGAAAUCAUCUUCUAUUUUUGAAAAUCAAAAUAUUUAUGAGAAUAUUGGUAUAUGAAAUUGUAAUCUUUAAGGCAUUUUUGUGCAAUUCUUUGGGUCAUGAUUAUGAAUGCUGUGUACUAUAGAGAAGGCUUAAGUGUCGAUAAAGCAAACAAUUCUCUUAAGAGGAGUCGAUGAAAAAAAAUGUUGGUAAUCCUUGGCCUAGACAAUUUAAUAUGC